GUACCAAAAAUUAUUGGCUGGUGUUCGAGCUAUCUGAUUUAUCUGUCACAAGACUAGUGUGCCCUUUUUGUGGCCUGACCUUCUUUUUGCGCCCUGUUGUUGCUUUUGUUUUCUGCAUCGGCCCUCGACAAGUCCGAGAUCUGCUCUUUUUGUUUUUUUAUGGCAGUCUUUGUCUUUUACAUUCUGACUCCCGACAAGGCUCUCUCCUAACAACAAGGAUGCAAGGCAAGUCUUGACCAGUCUAAGGCCUCGAGAAUACCAAUUUCUUCCGACCGGAAAGGCCAUAACAGGGCGCGCGGAGGGAAGUCUGGCUGUAGCAGAGUGUGAUGCUUGUUGACCGAACGGAAAGCACGCCCGGUUGGCCGGUCCGAAGGAUCACGGCGCUCGUUGAUGUCAACCAUCUUCAUCUGUUGCCGCCACCACCAAAAGAACUUGAAGUGCCAGAUUCUAGCUAUGCCUUUCACUAGUAAGGAUUCUUCCACACGUCAGCCAAUUACCUCUGCCCGUCGUCUUCAUGGGUACUGUCUGUUUGCAUGGUCACAUUUGGGAUGCUUAGGUUGCCUUUUUAUCCUUGGGGGCUUUGCAGCAUUUGCCCUGAUUUACCUGCUAUGCCUACCGCUCUCCUCGUCCUCUUACUACAAUUCUGCUUCUUGGACACUCAGAAAAAUCCUCACAACAUCAUCUACAGAGAAGUCGUCCUCGGAGCAACACACUUGUUUCACUGAGGGAAACUGCGUAACCGCUGUAGAUUCAGCUGGGAUCCUCAGCUUCCACCUCCGACACGUCUACGUUAUGGUUGACUUAGUUGAAGAAGCAGGGUUGCCUCCAGGAGACUACUUUGACUUUGACAGCAGGCGCGUCGACUUCAAUCCUUUUCACCGCACGCGUUUGACGAAUCACGCACUAAAACAGCCUUUUCCGUGACACUGGAAAAUAUGCACUUUAUUAUAACACUCAGUUUGACGAGGACCGCGCAGCAUUUGUGGAAAACCUUCACACUCUAUGCCGAU